ACACAUGAUAGUUAUCCUCAACAUGUGACCGUGUGUUAAAGAAAAAAAUAAUGGAAAAGGAAACAAACAAAAAAAAUACAAAAUUGGAAUAGAUUUUCGUUUAGCAUUCAGAUUUUUAUUAUUAAACUUGAUUGGAUAAUUUUGGUAAAGAACCGAGUUACAUACUCUUAGUAUGUAGUCAAGUAAAUAACUACUUCUAUUAAGAAGAAAUUGAAUACAGAAUGCGUUUCUUCUUCAACAUGCAAAUCUAUCGCAAUAAAUCUAUAUCAAUAUUAUUUAUUUCAAAUGAAAAUGGAAUGAAGCAAUUAUAGGAAUGCAAAACAGUUAUUAAGAUUCAACAGGGAACUAGUUUAAUCUAUUUACAUUCUUAUUCGUGAUAUUAGUAAAAUCGAGUGAAAUAUGAAUUGGAGAUCGAUUUUUACAUAAAAGUACGAGUAUUCAAAGUUAUGCUGUAAAUAAUAUAAAGUGACAGUGGGAUAGAACACACAUUAGUUAUUUGAAUACUUUAUGACUGGCAUAUGAAACUUGUAUUUGUUGUUAUUAAACCUCCACAUACCACAUAAUUAUUGAGUGCUAUUGAGCUUGUGGCAUACGCUACAGAAGCAGAUAAGAUGAAUUAAGACGAAAUGGGCAUGCAAUAGAGAAUUUCCUUACCGCAAUCAAAUGCAGUGAAGAUGAUGAAAAUAAGGGCGGAAUCAAAGACAUUUGAAGAGAUCGUAUCAGGAACCAUUGUUACGGAGAAACCAAACAUAAAAUUGAAAGACGUUGCUGGGCUUGAUGCAGCCAAAGAAUUUAUGAAAGAAGCUGUUAUUUUACCUUCUCAAUUUCCGCAUCUUUUCACAGGGACAAGAAGAUCAUGGAGAGGAAUACUGUUAUAUGGUCCCCCUGGUACAGGAAAAACGUUUCUUGCUAAGGCAGUGGCAACAGAAGCAAAAAAUACUAAAUUUUUCUAUAUUAUCUCUUCCGAUCUGGUAUCUAUGUGGCUUGGAGAAUCAGAAAAAUUAGUCAAAACCUUAUUCAGUAUGGCAAGAGAAAACAAACCAAGCAUUAUAUUUAUAGAUGAUUUAGAUUCCAUAUUUGGAUUUCGAAGUGAGAAUGAGUCCGAAUCUGGUCGUAGAAUUAAAACAGAGUUUCUAGUACAAAUGCAAGGUGUAGGAAAUGACCAGGAUGGUUUAUUAGUCAUAGGUGCAACAAAUAUGCCAUGGAGUUUAGAUUCUGCUAUUCUUAGAAGGUUUGAGAAACGUAUAUACAUCCCUAUGCCUGAGGCACCCGCAAGGUCACUCAUGUUUAAACUUAAUCUUCGCUCUACACCAAACUCUCUCACUGAUGAAGAUUUUAAACAGCUGGGAUUGAAGGCUGAGGGAUAUACUGGUGCAGAUGUUAGUAUUGUUGUGAGAGAUGCCCUUAUGCAGUCUUUACAUAAAGUACAAACUGCUACACACUUCAGAAAGGUACGAGGUCCGUCCAGAGACAAUCCAGAUGAAAUGGUUGAUGACCUUUUGACCCCGUGUUCACCUGGGGCCCCUGGUGCAAUGGAAAUGAACUGGACACAAGUGGAUGGCCAUAAACUGCUCGAACCUGUUGUUAGCAUGAGUGAUAUGUUAAUGUCACUACAGACACAGAAGGCAACUGUUAAUGAUGAUGAAUUGAAAAAACACGAAGAAUUCACAAAAGAUUUUGGCCAAGAAGGCUAGCAGCGGCAGGAAAUGUUCAUUUUGUUCAUUUUCAUGUUAUAUAGUGAUGUAAAUUAUGAUUUUGAAGAGGGACAAUUUUAUCUGAUGUUUACUUAUUUACAAUAAACAAAUGAUAAACUAGGCGUUCCACGUUCCAGUAUGCAAUAAUUACAAUAGAUGCUGACAAUUUAUGGUAGAAAUACAAUCUUUGUAUAAGAAAGUGCUGUACGUUAUCAUUUGAAAAAAAUAUGUUAGUUCGAAUAAAUGUUCAAUUCAAUGAAUGCGGUAAAUUUUAUACAAUCGUUUUAAAAGUUUAUUGUUCUACCAGUCAAAUUAUUUUGUUUGUUGUUCUGUAGUUCUAAUAAACAUCUUUGUAAGUGUUAUAAGGAAUUUGAUUACAUUGUGCGAGUUUUUUUUUACUUCCACUGUUGAUUGAAUACCUUGGGUGACACUUUAGCUUGUUUUUUUCCUGUUGUAGAAUUGAAGCUAGUUGGUAGAAUUUGACAUCCUGUAACAUAGAAAUGAAAUAAUACAUCAUGUGCAUAAACUUAACUGGGUAUUUGUUCUUGGAUUCGCCCAAUUCUUUGAAUUUGGACCAGCCCACACAAAUUCUAAAGCAUUUCAAUAUGAAAAUACAUAAAUGAGAUACCAAGAGAAGGUCAGUUUGACCAAGCUCUGUAGUGCGUGCAAAGAAUAUUAUCAUUAAGAGUUCCACCAGGUCAAGACCCUUGUUGCUGACGGUGUUUCUUUUUAAUAGUUGGGCCACCGUUUAACAACACAGUCAUAACGUUUUGAGUAAAUGAUUAAUGUGCUCAAUCAUUUUUGUCCUUGUAUUACAUAAUUUACAUAAUUAGGCAUUACAGUAAGGGGUGGUAAAUUUUACGAUGAAAAGACACUGACCACUAUUUUCUUUAACAAGUCAGACACUUUAUUUGCACAAGAACUGUAAACAUUUGUAAAUGCAGAUAUCUGUAAAAGAAGUAAGAUUGUUUUAGAUAGAACAAUGGGCGUAAAACUGUCUAUUUGUUGUGAUUUUUGAACAAUGAAAAGGAUUUCGGCUACUGUCAACUGACAUAUGGUAAGAUGUCAAUAAAAAAUAAACAUGAUAACGGUUUGUAGUUAUCCUCAUUAAAGUUUAAACUACUAAUGAUAAUCAGUUGAAAUUUAGAACAUUUUUUCAUAAUUAUUAUUGGAGGACACUAUUCACAGCCCAGAACUAUUUCAUGUGAUAUGGUCAUUUCUGAUACUUUUUUGUAAAAGUUUUGUUUGUAAGCAUGUCAGGUUCUUCAGCAUUCUGAUUGUCCUUCAAUGUACUUUUAUGCAGUUAUUUCAUUCAUUUCGAUUUGUUUGUAUUUAUAUAAAUAGAAUUCACAAAGUGCUUCAAAUAUAAAAAAUUUGAAUAUAUA